UAAACAAAAUGGAUUAAAAUUUCAUUAAAAUUAAUUUUUAUUAUUUUAUGGAGAUUAUAAGAGCCCGCCGUCAUGUGGAAGUGCCAUAAAUGUGGAAAACCAGUAUACUUCGCUGAACGUAAACAAUCAUUGGGAUAUGACUGGCAUCCAGAAUGUUUACGAUGUGAGGAAUGUGGAAAACGUUUAAAUCCAGGUCAACAUGCAGAGCAUAAAGGUGUACCAUAUUGUCAUGUACCAUGUUAUGGAGCUCUCUUUGGGCCACAAUUAUUUGGCCAUGGAACAAGAGUUGAAUCACAUACAAGUUUUGGAAAAAAAGAAGUUCGGCCAUCAUUACCCAGAUCACAUCUAGAAUCAAAACUAAAGGUUUUUAACCAGUAUUAUGAAGGUAAAAGUGGUGGAAUAAGAAGUCGCGAGGUCAAUGGGAGAUUGAUAUUGGAAGGUGCACUUCGUAUUUAUUGGGGUGUAAGAGGAGUAAUUCAUUUAAAAGAAGAUGAUGAUCAACGUACAGUGGUUACAGCACGAAAUAGAAAUUCAUGCAGACGUAGUGUUUCUGAUAGUAUAGAAGAUGAAGAAAAAGAGGAAGAUUCAGUAAAAGAAACUUGUGAGCAAGAUGUAGAAACUGAAACAAAAUCUGUCCCAACUUCUCCUGAUCAUCUCAAGAGCCUCACUUUACCAAUGAAACUAGAUGUUAAAAAUAUGGAGUGGGAUGAAUUGGAUGAGCUUCUUCAGGUUGAACGCAAAGUCGAAGAUGGAAAGAAAUUAUACCAAACGAUGCCCGAAAACUUACCGUCGAUUAGUUCACAGUCGAGUUCUGAUGCACUUCCACUUUCAUCUCAGUCCAGUCUUGAUAGAUCUGAUUCUCGUGAAAAUUCAGAAACAGACAGUCCGAGUCAUCAAACCAACCGGGGUAAUGAUAGCAGUGUAACCAGUACACCAACCCACAGUAUAGGCAGCUCUUCCAGUACCGACACGCCUGUUUACCACGGUACACCAAAUCGAAAUGGGACCCUUCGAAGGGUAGAAUAUUUUGAUAGUUUGGAGAGAAAUUUAUCUGGUAAUAGAUCUAUUAGUACCGAUGACAGUUGGAUAGAGAAAGGCUUAAAUCGAUCAAUGUCUGGACCAGACUGUCUUCAAAGACAUCGAACGGAUAGUGAUACAGAUUCUGUGAAUUCUCUUCAAUUUAGAGAGGACGAUAACAUGACAAUGUCUACUGAUAGUGGAUUAGAGUUGGAUGGUGUAGUUUUACGACGAAAGCAAGGAUCUACCGCAAUUAGACGACGCCCAGGUGGUCGACGACAAUCGCGUAGUCGAUUACGGCGUCGUUGUUCGAUUAACGGACACUUCUAUAAUCGUGAAACUAGUUUCUUCACUCCUCCACAUGGAUCUCAGAUGUCCGUUUGGAUUACAAGUUUAGUAAAUACUCAAGAAGUUAUCAAUCUCAUGUUGGAUAAGUAUAAAGUUGAUGCUAAGUCAGAUAACUUUGCGUUGUUUGUUGUUCGCGAUAAUGGCGAACAAAGAAGAUUGAGAGAAGAUGAAUAUCCUCUGGAGGUUCGCGUAGUGUUAGGUCCGCACGAAAAUGUUGCGCGACUUUUUUUAGUGGAUAAAUUGUCUACUCCGGAGAUUAGCUCUGAUGUUGCGCAAUUCCUUAACCUUUCCUUGGCAGAGUGCCACGGUAUUUUACAGCGUUAUCAUUACGAGGAAGAACGCCAGAUUGUUUUGUUGAAAGAGAAAUACAAAGAGAUGCGACGACGAAUACGGCAAAGAAUGGAAGAACUGAAGGUUCGACUAUAG